AAAAGCUGCAAGUCGUUUGAUGACUAGAUAGCAUCUCCAUUCUCAUGAGUUCUGACUUGCUUCUCCUGGAGCCAUGGAUGAAUACAGCCGCUUUGUGGACUGGGACAAGAUGGACAGUUCUUUGCAGAGCCAGGAUGCGAAGGAGCUGACCUGCCCUGAGCUCCCGGAGCUCAAACAGCUGGCCCGCCAAGGCUACUGGGCCAAGAACCACUCCUUGAGAGCCAAAGUGUACCACAAGCUGAUCAGCAAUAUCCCAUGCCGUACAGUCACCCCAGAUGCAAACGUGUACCGAGACAUUGUGGUGAAGAUCGCUGGGAAGCGCAGCAGUAGCUCCCUUCCGUUGCCGGAGUUUGUGGAUGACAGCCUGGUCCCCACAUACUGCUUGAACGCAGAAGGUAUCGGAGCAGUCAGGAAGAUCAUAUUGUGCAUCGCGAAUCAGUUCCCAGACAUCUCAUUUUGCCCAGCGCUGCCCUCAGUGGUCGCUUUGCUCCUGCACUACAGCAAGGACGAGGCCGAGUGCUUUGAGCAGGUUUGUCGUAUCCUUGCUUGCAAUGACCCAUCCAAGCGGCUCAUUGACCAGACAUUCUUGGCUUUUGAGUCAUCCUGCAUGACCUUUGGAGACCUGGCAAACAAGUACUGUCAGGCGGCGCAUAAGCUGAUGGUGGCAGUGUCCGAGGAUGUGCUGGAGGUGUACUCCGACUGGCAGCGGUGGCUCUUCGGAGAGCUGCCCAUGGUGUAUAUCGCUCGGGUCUUUGAUGUGUUACUGGUGGAGGGCUACAAAGUUCUCUAUCGCGUGGCACUGGCUCUUCUAAAGUUUUUUCGCAAAGUCAGAGCUAGGCAGCCCAUGAAGUCUGACAGCAUACAGCAGGACAUCCGAGCAUUCAUAAGGGACAUUGCCAAUUCAGUGCCUCCAGAGAAGCUUCUGGAAAAGGCCUUUGCUAUCCGCCUUUUCUCACGGAAGGAGAUCCAGCUUCUGCAGAUGGCCAAUGAGAAGGCUUUGCAGCAGAAGGGCAUCACAGUCAAACAGAAGAGUGUUGCAUCUCCCAGAAGGCAGAAUGUGCAUUUAGCAGUUCAUGCCGAGAACUUCAAGUCUGAAAUUGUCAGCGUGAAGGAGAUGCGAGAUAUCUGGUCGUGGAUCCCGGAGCGGUUUGCACUUUGCCAGCCCCUCUUGCUUUUCACUACUUCGGAACAUGGCUGUAGUCUGAGCAGGUUCUAUUCUCACAGUGAGGGACAUGAACCAACUCUUCUCCUCAUCAAGACCACAGCAAAAGAGGUCUGCGGUGCUUAUCUGUCCACCGACUGGAGCGAGCGCAGGCGAGGAGGGAGUACACUGAGUUUCUUUGGAACUGGGGAAUGCUUUGUGUUUAGGCUGAAGCCAGAAGUGGAACGUUACGAGUGGGUGAUCAUAAAACACCCAGAACUGGCCAAGCCUGGGUCAGAGACAGAAAAUCACACCUCACCAAGCUCCAGCACCCUCACUUCCAGCAGUGCCCCAUCACACUCCUCAGAUCACCUUUCUCCCUUCUUAUCAGCUCGGCACUUCAAGUUGCCUUCCAAAACAGCCUCCAUGUUCAUGGCUGGCAGCAGCGAAUGCAUCAUUAUAGGAGGUGGUGACGGCCAGGCUCUUUACCUCGAUGCAGAUCUGAACCACGGAAGAACCAGCCACUGCAAUACCUUCAAUAAUCAGCCAUUGUGCUCUGAAACCUUCCAGAUCUCUCUCUUGGAGGUGUGGGGCUUCUUGGACACCAUGAAUGGUUGACUGUCAUUAAUCAGCUAGUUUUUCAGUUGUUCUAGGAUUCCUAAGGCAAAUUCUAAUGCAGGAGCCAAGUUAGAACACAACUGCUGCUGGGCUCAGUGGUUUUUAGUAAUUACUAAGUGGUGCACGUGAGUGCA